AUGGCUCAAGGUAAUCUCAAGUUAAAGUCCAAGGGAAAAGGCAGAGUCACCAAGAAACAGACCAACUUACGAGCAGCUGCACCUUUGAUCAUCAAGCCCAAGAAAUCUGCCCUCAAACUGGCCUACAACUUGAAGAAAUCAGUGGGUUCUAGUGUUGGCACCGAAAAGUUGAUCGCCAGCAGAGUUGGCCACUUGGAGAUCAUCAAGGGCUCGCGUAGACAGAUUGAGAAGGACGAGAAGGAGGCUGCUAAGAAGGCUGCUAAGAAGUCCAAGUAA